UUGAGGAGGUGGCCGGCUCGUUGGCAUGUAGGGGGAAGCCGGUAGAAUCUCGCGAGUGCUGCCAGGCUCCCGCGAAGCGUUGCGCCUGCGCAGUGGUGGGUCUGAGGCGCGGGGUCGGGGUAGCUGGUCGCUGAGCGGGCGGGGAUCGUCGCCAGCAUGAGCGGGACAUUGGCCAAGAUCGCGGAGAUAGAGGCUGAGAUGGCCCGGACGCAGAAGAACAAGGCAACGGCGCACCACUUGGGGCUGCUGAAGGCUCGCCUGGCCAAGCUGCGGCGGGAGCUCAUCACCCCGAAAGGAGGCGGCGGCGGCGGCCCCGGGGAAGGUUUUGAUGUUGCAAAGACUGGUGAUGCCCGAAUUGGGUUUGUGGGUUUCCCCUCAGUGGGGAAAUCUACUCUGCUGAGUAACCUUGCUGGUGUGUAUUCUGAAGUGGCAGCAUAUGAGUUCACCACACUGACAACUGUGCCUGGAGUCAUUAGAUACAAAGGAGCAAAGAUACAGCUUCUUGAUCUCCCAGGAAUUAUUGAGGGAGCUAAAGAUGGGAAAGGCAGAGGCCGGCAGGUCAUUGCAGUUGCUCGAACCUGUAACCUAAUUCUGAUUGUUCUGGAUGUACUGAAACCACUGGGACACAAAAAGAUAAUUGAGAAUGAACUGGAGGGCUUUGGAAUACGGCUGAACAGUAAGCCCCCCAACAUUGGUUAUAAGAAGAAAGAUAAAGGUGGCAUCAACCUCACAGCUACUUGCCCCCAGAGUGAGCUAGAUGCUGAAACAGUGAAGAGCAUCUUAGCAGAGUAUAAAAUUCACAAUGCUGAUGUCACACUGCGCAGCGAUGCCACUGCUGAUGACCUAAUCGACGUUGUUGAAGGAAACAGAGUUUAUAUCCCAUGUAUUUAUGUGCUGAAUAAAAUUGACCAGAUAUCCAUUGAAGAACUGGAUAUCAUUUACAAGGUGCCACACUGUGUACCAAUCUCUGCUCACCACCGCUGGAAUUUUGAUGAUCUGUUGGAGAGAAUCUGGGACUACCUGAGGCUGGUGCGAAUCUACACCAAACCUAAAGGACAGUUACCAGACUACACUUCUCCUGUGGUGCUUCCUGACUCCAGGACCACAGUGGAGGAUUUUUGUAUGAAGAUUCACAAAAAUCUCAUUAAAGAAUUUAAGUAUGCACUGGUCUGGGGUUCAUCUGUUAAACACAAUCCGCAGAAAGUUGGCAAAGAUCACACACUUGAGGAUGAGGAUGUCAUUCAGAUUGUGAAGAAAUAAAAUUGUUCCUGUUAACUUGCCCUGGUGGCUGACUUAAUGUCACUUUCUUCCCUGCUGCUCAGCUUUGAGUGCUAAAGACCAGACCUUGUUAAGUGGAGGGGGAAGAUUACUUUAAUAGUUGCUUACUUUAUAUCCUUGGCACUCUAUCACUAUAGGCAUGUUUGAUUCUUUACCAAUGCAGCAGCCAUGAGCCCUCCUUUCAGAGUAGGAAGUCCUGAUUCUACCAGCCUUCAUAAAAGGUGUUUGUUUAAAUAUUUAAGGCUUUAUGCCUUGCAGCUCUGGUUAAUAGCUGAUUCCUCAUAUCUGGCUGUAGCUCAGUGAUACAGAAGGCUGAGGGCUGUUACCCCAUACUAAUAUUUAAUUAUGCUACUGGGUAGGGCUAUUGACCUACAUUUCACUUUCUGUUGUCUACUUAAGUUCUGCUUGGGUAGUAACAGAAUGGGCUUUGUCUAGGGUUGCUGGGGGAGGUAGUGGUGCAUUGAAUAAAUAGCUGUGGAUUACAGGGUGCAGAGAGAUUCUUGUAAUGUUUCUCCAUUUAGCUAAAUUCUGCUACUUGACAUUACAGCACAGUCUCUUCUGAAAGUCAGUUUUCCUUUCAGAUGUAAAGGAUGACUAGUUUCUCUAGGGAUAUCUACAAAUUGCUACUAAGAUUAAGCAUGAGAGAAGCAUUAGGUUAUGUAGUGUAAAAAAAUGGUUUUAGUUAAUGGAAUACUUCUGUCCUGUAAUGCAGUAAGUUCAUGGAAGUUUUCCUUCUACAAAAGUAGAACUGUUUGUCAAUUUUACCAUCCACUGUCAUCAUCCAGGUGCACUGUAGAAAUAUAGCACUCAGCUGGCCUACUGUGCCUGCUACUGCUACCUUUCUAGAAGCAAAAGCACCCUGGAACUUACCUAAUGCCAGACAAACAAACUGGUUAAAGAAUGACCAGUGGUGAUGCAUAUCUCAGCUAUAGUUUUAUAACGAAGGAGCACU